AUGUUUAAGCCCUACCUCACAGGCCACUGCACGCAAGUCAUCUGCCGCCUGAAGCGCCAUGUCAACCCACCUUUGACGCAAAUCGGAAGGUACUCUCCAAUUUUCAAGCUUUUCGACAAUCAAUUCCCGUGCUUCAUUCCUCUGGGGUUUGUCACUCUCUGGCAUGGCAUUGCAGCCCAUAAAGAAAACCGUCUUGAACUUGGCAUAUUUUACCCGGCAUUGGUUAUUCUGACAUUGUCGAAAGCAGCAACACAGGUGAGUUUACAAGGGUUUCUUGAUGAUCAAGUAAGUAGCACAGACGAAGAGGAGAAAGAAAGAGCCUGUGAAAGUAGCAUAUUCUGGUUGAACUUGGCCUCCUUUGCUGCUGCCAUUAUUUCUAUUUUAUUAUUUUCAAGAAUUGAUUCCUUUAUGAUUCUCUUGAUUGCAUCUGUGAUUGGCUUCUCUUUGUUCUUGUUGGGCACCAAAUCCUACUACUUCACCAAACCAAUUGGUAGCCCACUCUCCGAUGUUGCUUCUGUCAUCUGUACCGCCAUAAGUAAGAUAAAUAUCGAAUAUCCGCAGAAUCUAGAGCUGCUAUUACACACUAAUCCUAGCUGUCUUGUUGAAAUUUCGCCCCGUGUCCCAUGGUUGAGAUGGUUAGAUAGAGCUGCAGUUGUGUUAGAAGAAAAACAAGGCCAGGUUUGCAGUGUUGAACAAGUGAAGGGAGUGAAAUUCUUGUUGAAGAUGGUUCCAAUGUGGACAACAUUUCUCACAUUCAGUUUGGUAACCGCCACAGGGAGCACUUUCUUUCUCGAAGAAUCCAUCAACAUCAACACCGAUUCUCCCGUUCUACUUUUCAUCAAUAUGCAGAGAUUAGCAUCUUUCUUGGUCGCCCAAAUAUCUAAUUUCCUACUCAGCAAACUUUGUAACAGAAUUAGGAAUAACAACAACAACAACAAUAAUAAUAAUAAUAAUAAUGGACAGUGGUAUCAGCUUGUGAGAAUCGGCAUGGGAAUGGUGUGCAGUGUGGCGUGCUGCAUAGUUGCUUCGAUAAACGCAUUUCGGUGGCUGGAUCAUUUAGUCAAGAUAGACACGAAUUAUCCGAGUGUUUAUAGGCUGAUGAUUCCGCAGUAUUUAUUAUUAGGAAUAAUGGAAGGACUUUCCACAUAUGGGCUCGAAGAAUUCUUCAAUUCUCAGGUUUCUAAAUCAGUAACUAGCUACGGGCCUCCGUUUGGAGAAUAUGUAAUGGGAGUUGGGAAAUUUUCUAGUGCAGUUUUGAUCAACACAAGCACGUGGUUGAAGAGUGAUAUUAACUCGAGUCGCCUGGACAAGUACUAUGCUCUGCUGGCAUUUAUAAGCUUUGCAGGUAUGAUAAUCUACUGGUUAUUCGCGUUUUUCUACGGAGACGAGAUAUUUCUGUCAGACAGCAAUGAGUCCGACAUAGAAACGGGCGAUUCUGUUCGAUUAGACAAUAUAAAUUUCUCAGGAAAUACAGAGGAAUGUUUGUUGAACCAGGACAGCUGUCAAGAAACAGAGGAAUCGAAACAGCAGCUUGUUAUUUCAGAAUCUGCGGCCGCCAAUGCACCGCUGCUGAGGGUGGUGCGUUCAUUUCAACGGCCUUCGUCAUCCAGGGGAAUUCACAGACGCUUCAAUUCCAUGCGUUGA